AGCUGUCCUAUUCUUUUUUUUUCCUUUCUACUGUUUUGCUGUUACGAUUCAGCUAUGUCUGGACGCGGUAAGCAGGGCGGCAAGGCUCGCGCCAAGGCUAAGACGCGGUCCUCCCGCGCCGGGCUGCAGUUCCCCGUGGGCCGCGUGCACCGCCUGCUCCGCAAGGGUAACUACGCUGAGCGCGUGGGCGCCGGCGCUCCGGUCUACCUGGCGGCGGUGCUGGAGUACCUGACAGCGGAGAUCCUGGAGCUGGCGGGCAACGCGGCGCGCGACAACAAGAAGACGCGCAUCAUCCCGCGCCACUUGCAGCUGGCCAUCCGCAACGACGAGGAGCUCAACAAGCUGCUGGGCAAGGUGACGAUCGCGCAGGGCGGCGUGCUGCCCAACAUCCAGGCCGUGCUGCUGCCCAAGAAGACCGAGAGCCACCACAAGGCCAAGGGCAAGUGAGGAGCUUAGCAGCUCUAGUGAUCUAUAUUCCUUGAAAAACAAAGGCUCUUUUCAGAGCCACCCAGUUUUUCUGUAAAGCGCUGCAAUGCUUUUGAAGUGUACCAGACGUUUUACUGACACUUGGAAUUUUCACGAAUUGAAAAAUCAAGCUUUGCCCCAGGAUGGCACUUUUAACUUUCAUACAUCAGUAUUUCAGAAGAAAAGCAAAACUUAGCUCCUAACAUCCACACAAUUCUCAAAAGAAAAGCAACUAUAGUCAUAUCAGAACAAAAGUGGGAUUUAGGCAAUAUAAUCAAAAGCAGUGAAAGUAUAACGUCCAAAGAAAUACUUUGUGUGUGUAACCAUGUACGCAUAAAUCUCAGUACACAAAAUUACAUGUAAGUUGAGUGUUCAUACUCUCAUGAAAUCUGAAGAUAAGUAUAAAGCCCAAAAUAAUAAAGGUAGAAGAAAAAGAAGGAAAAGUGAUCAGUUAGAUUUCAGGGCUGGGUUUUUUAGUUGAGAAGAGGGCAUUUCUAUAAGCAGUAAUACUUUUAACUGUUGGUUAUCACCCUUCAAGAAAAUGUAGUUAUGAAAAAGCUAAUUUUAGACCACAUGAGGGUUGAAAAAGCCAGUCAAGGCUACAUGAGGUUGCCAAGGAUACAGUUCAGUGGCAUAAGCACUUGCCUGACAAGUCGUGAGCCCAAUUCCUUAUAACACCCCCAAAAUUAAAUAAAAUAAAAAAUAAAGACUACAUGAUUCUUUGCUUACAUGUAUUAAAAAGUGAACUAACCUGGAAACAACGUAUUACUCAAUCUGCUCCUAAAGGAAGUUUCAGCGAGGGAUCGAUAAACAGGGCUCAGUCAGCUUCAUAAAAGUAUGAUAGGACAAUAUCAGCCUGUAGUGGUCCUUUCUGCUGCAGCCAUAGGAAGCAGUCAGCGAGCAAGUUCACUGAACCAAAGCCCAGUGCUGGUACCUUGGUGCUGCGCGAGAUCCAGCGCUGCCAGAAGUCCACCAAACUGCUGAUCUUUAAGCUGCCAUUUCAGCAGCUGGUGAGUGAUGCCAUGCAGGACUUCAAGAUCGACCUGCGUUUCCAGAACUGGGCUAGCAUGCCACUGCAGGUGGCAUAUGGGAAAUACUGUACGUGGUGCUUCUCUUUCAGUAACCAGUUUAAUUGCUGUCUUCAUCCAGGGCAUCACUUUCAUAGUAAUGGACACUGAGCCAGCAUGCUGCUUUCAUAGAAAAGAGGGCCUAAUCCAAACCAAUGAUUUCUUUGGGAAUGAAAAAGUUCUUUUCAGAACCUUGGAUCCAUCUUGUCAAUAAAAACUGCUUGUAAUGCA